CUAUAAGUUGCCAACUUCGAGAGUACUCAUUCGAGUCCACGAGUACAAUAAACUCCCAAGAUUGAGAGGAAGGAAAGCUACACAUGUUUUGAAGGUCUGCACGGAUUUAGAACAGAUACUUUCUUCACUUGUCGAGUUCGCUCCUGGCGAGAUCUGCCAUGAGGACCACUAACAUGGCAGCAGCCCUCACCGUAAGGCUGCCACUUCUGUGUAUUCUGCUUAUGUGUCUUGCAUCUGUGACGACAAUACAAGCUCAGCUGAGCACUAACUUCUACCGAAGCACCUGCAAGGACGCUGAGACAAUCAUCUCGGUCGCCGUCACAUCGGCAUUAAGUAGAAGACCAGCUGCAGCUGCCGGCAUUAUUCGCAUGCUAUUCCACGAUUGUUUCGUUCAUGGUUGCGAUGCAUCUGUACUGAUCGACUCCCCAUCCGAGAAAGAUGCCGCGCCCAACCAAAGCCUCCAAGGAUUCGACGUCAUUGACGAAGCCAAAGCAGCCGUGGAAGCGAAGUGCCCUGGAAUCGUCUCGUGCUCCGACGUUCUUGCUCUGGCCGCUCAAAUAAGCGUCAGAUUGUUGUCAGAUGGGACGAUCACAUAUCCAGUCGCCUUAGGACGCAGGGACGGGCUCGUGUCCAAUGCAUUGCUCGUAACCGGCAGACUGCCCCCACCGACCGCCUCUGCGACCACUCUCAAGUUACUCUUCAAGGCCGUGGGUCUGUCCACGGAGGACAUGGUGGUGCUGUCCGGCGCCCACAGCAUAGGGAAAGCGCGAUGCUCCUUCUUCCGAAAUCGCCUCACCACUCCCUCUGACGCCAAUAUGGAUCCCGACUACGCCGAGUCGCUGAAGAGGCAGUGCCCCGCAGACAAACCCAACAACCUUGUGGACCUGGACGUGACGACGCCCACCAAUCUAGACUCGGAGUACUACAAAAACCUGCAGGUCAACAAGGGGCUUCUCACGUCGGAUCAGAACCUGCAGAGCGACCCGGAGACACAACCGAUGGUCUCAGACAAUGCCGAGCCGGGUACGUUCCGAACCAAAUUCGCAGACGCGAUUCGACGCAUGAGCAACAUUGGCGUGCUCACCGGCAGCGCUGGUGAGAUCAGGCUGAACUGCCGCAGGUUCAACUGAUACCGGCCCUACAACAGAAAUCCCACAUCGAUUCUCAAUGCAUGAAUCGAUCCAAUGUUACAGCAUUCUUGCUGGUGUGCUAGUGUGGCUGGAUCGCGUGGCCUUCAUUUUUAGGAACUGCAUUCGCCGCGUGCACUGCUUUUUCAGGACCUGUGGGGUUAUGGUGGCAAUGUUGUCCGUAUUGCAAAUGAGGAUUAGUUUUUUAGCAGCACAUGUAUUCAUCACAGUAAAAUUUACCAUAAUGAUUUCAACGGCAUUCUGUAUUUUAUUA